UGAAGCUUUAUGGAAUCAGCUUUCAGAAAUGUGAAAAACGUUAAUAGUUGGUAACGUUCGUUUAAACCCCACAUAAAAUGCACGUAGAUCGUUCAUUAGGUUGCUAACCAUCAUUUUAUAAUCUGGGAAAAACAGGUACUCCUUCACGACGCUUGAAUCAGAAGCGAGGUGCAAGAUUGGUGAUACGUUAACGUUUGCUGUAUUUUCUAGAUAACAUUAAUUGCAUUAACUGCAUUAACUUUCUCGUCCUUGGAAUAGCUUUGUUAAAUCAUAUCCUUCGAGCGAUCAAUAAGCGAAGAUGGCAGAAGACAACAAGAGAGGGGAGGUUGAAGAGCGUGGACCUGGAGCUGCUUAUCAGAUGUUUGUGGUUAUGGAGGAUCUGUUGGAUAAACUAAAGCUUCUCGACUACGAGGAAGACGUGCUAGCGAAACACAACAUGAAAGCUCUAUCCAGACAUUACUUUGCGUCGAACGCCUACAUGCCUUCGAACCCAGGCGAACAAUUCUACAUGUUUACAAUCAUCGCUUCUUGGCUCAUCAACGAGGCAGGGAGGCCAUUUGAGCAGCCGCAGGAAUACGAUGAUCCUAACGCCACUGUGUCAAAUAUCCUUGCUGAGCUACGUGCUUUUGGUGGACAGGUGGAUUUCCCUCCCUCCAAGCUGAAAACGGGCUCAGGGGAGCAUGUCUGCUAUGUGCUGGAUCGGUUGGCUGAGGAGGCCUUGAAAAAGAGGGGCUUCAUCUGGAAGAAGCCAUGCUAUCCCACAGAGGAGCUGGAGGAGGAGUCUGUCAUGGAGGAUGAUGCUGAGCUGACGCUGAGCAAAGUGGAGGAGGAGAUGACGGAAGAACCUGAUGACUAUGAAGAGGAAAAUCUCAUCGAUCUUGAGGCACUGAAGGCGAGGACCAAUCAGAGUGAAGCCAACACAUCCUCAAAACCAGAGGAUAUAUUAGAAUCUAACACUGAUGCAGCCGAAUGGAACCUGGAAGUGGAGCGAGUUCUUCCACAGCUGAAGGUGACCAUCAGGACAGACAACAAGGACUGGAGAAUCCACGUGGACCAGAUGCAUCAGCAUAAGGAAGGAAUCGAGUCCUCUCUGAAAGAGGCCAAGGGCUACCUGAACAAACUGCAGGAGGAGAUCAGCAAGACGCUGGAGAAGGUGGGCAGUCGGGAGAAGUACAUCAACAACCAGCUGGAGCACCUGAUCCAGGAGUACCGCACCGCCCAGUCCAAGCUGAGCGAGGCCAAGGAGCGCUACCAGCAAGGAAGCGGUGGAGUAACAGAGAGAACUAGAAUCCUCUCUGAGAUCAGUGAGGAGCUGGAGAAGGUGAAGCAGGAGAUGGAGGAGAAAGGGAGCAGCAUGACUGAUGGAGCCCCUGUGGUGAAGAUCAAGCAGAGCCUCACCAAACUGAAGCAGGAGAUCGUUCAGAUGGACAUCCGCAUGGGGGUGGUGGAGCACACCUUACUGCAGGCCAAGCUAAAGGAGAAGUCCAACAUGACCAGAGACAUGCACGCCACCAACAUCCCCGAGCCUGCUAUCGGCGGAUAUUAACAUGAAAAUGACACUUUCAG